AUGGGUAAAUCCCGGACCGACCUGCCCAGCAGAAACAUCGUACGGCCCACUCUAUGCUUUGGCCGUAUCAUUGGGGCAAAGCAACCCCACGCAUUCCGGGGUCCAGCAACUUGGCCCAGUUCACACCGUGGCCGUCCAGACCCAUCCAGGCCUAAGCAACGCGACCGUUGCUUCGUCACAGCAAUACAAUUAGAGCAAUCCGACCGUUUCACCAUUACAGGCGUUGUUAUUUCCGUCAGGCUCCCACCUUCAGUAUGGUUAGGCCAUUCCAACAGCAACACAUACGCACCCCGGUCAAACCUACGACGCUUAUCUAAUGCCGCUCGGCUCGGUCUCAACGGCCGAGCCCCUUGUUUAAGUGGCCCAGCAGAUAAAGCCGCAGAACGAUGCGCAACAGGUCCAGCGGCCACUUCCAACCCAGCUGAAGUUGCCCCCUCAGGAUCCUCGGACCGUAGAUGUUCGGCGCACGACCAAGGAGGGCUUAGCCUAGAGGCGGCCGGGGGCACCAGGUUAUACUGA